AUGUCAAGACGCUACGAUUCACGAACUACGAUCUUCUCGCCCGAGGGGCGUCUCUACCAGGUCGAAUAUGCCCUCGAGGCUAUUUCUCACGCUGGCACGGCUCUCGGCAUCUUGGCCAAAGAUGGAAUUGUGCUUGCUGCAGAGAGGAAGGUGACUAGCAAGCUCCUGGAACAGGAUACAUCGGCAGAGAAGCUUUAUAUCCUGAAUGAUAACAUGAUCUGUGCUGUCGCCGGAAUGAAUGCCGAUGCCAACAUACUCAUCAACUACGCCCGCCAGGCCGCCCAACAAUACCUCUUAACGUACAACGAAGAAAUCCCCUGUGAACAACUUGUCCGCCGUCUGUGUGAUUUGAAGCAGGGGUACACCCAGCAUGGUGGUCUACGACCGUUUGGCGUUUCGUUCAUCUAUGCUGGUUACGAUCAUCUCCGACAGUUCCAGCUAUACCAGAGCAAUCCUAGCGGCAACUACGGUGGUUGGAAGGCGACCAGUGCUGGCGCCAACAAUGCAGCUGCUCAGAGUCUCUUGAAACAAGACUAUAAAGAGGACAGUGAUCUCAAGGAAGCCUGUGCUCUGGCAGUGAAAGUUUUGAGCAAAACGAUGGACUCUACGAAGCUGAGCAGCGAGAAAAUCGAAUUUGCAACCGUUGGGAAAACCAAAGAUGGAAGAAUCUACCACCACCUUUGGGGUGCCGAUGAGAUUAAUGCAUUAUUGAGACAGCAUGGACUGGCUAAGGACGAGGAAACUGAGAGUUAA